AAGGUUUAAAGGAAAACCUCUCCAUGAUCGGUUUACCCUCCGGGAUUCCCGAAGAGCAGCUGUCGGCCAUUUGCUAAGCCACCAUGAAUCCAGAGGCACCGUGGCUCGUAUUUUGUAUUGGGGCUGGACCCUCCAAGGUCCCCCUUCCAGCUGCAUUCCGAUUUUCCUUUUACGUAGGGAUUUGUCGCGCGAGGCGAACCAACCGUUGUUGUCGUUUUCUCCGUUUCUUCUUUCAGACGAUCAUGAUGUCGCCCCGAGGGAAGAACUGGAAGUCCAUGGGUAAAGGCCUCGUCCUUGGGACUCUGCUCACCAGCUUCAUGCUGGUUCUCUAUUCGUACACUGUCCCACCCUUGCAAGUCGGCAUGACCGAGAUUCCCAUCCCUUAUUCAUGCUCGUCCUACCGCAGCCAGGCCCGACUCUCUGCUUCGGGGAACAGCAGCCAGGGCUCCCCAGGAGAAAAAUGCCUCCCCAGGCUAAACAUCAUGUUCCUGAAGACCCACAAAACAGCCAGCAGCACCCUCGCGAAUAUCCUCUUCCGCUUUGGGGAGAAGCACCGCCUCAAGUUCGCCUUCCCCAACGGGCGCAGUGAUUUCUACUACCCGUCCUUCUUUGACCGCAGCCUGGUGAAGGACUACCAGCCCGGCGUGUGCUUCAACAUCAUUUGCAACCACAUGCGCUUCCAGUACGAGGAAGUGCGCAAGUUGCUGCCGGCCGAUGCCUUCUUUGUGACGGUGCUGCGGGACCCGGCCUAUCUCUUCGAGUCUUCUUUCCAUUACUAUGGGGGCCUCAUUCCUUUGACCUGGAAGUUGUUGGGAGACGAUAAGCUGUCCGAAUUCCUCAGGGACCCUUGGCAUUACUACGACCCUAAAAGCUUCAACGCGCACUACCUCCAGAACCUCCUUUUCUUUGAUUUGGGCUACGACAGCAACACAGACCCCAGCAGCCCCCUGGUUGAAGAGUACAUCCGCGAGAUCGACGGGCGUUUCCAUCUGGUCAUGCUUCUGGAGUACUUUGACGAAUCCCUGGUGCUCCUGAAGGACCUGUUAUGUUGGGAGCUGGAGGACAUCCUCUACUUCAAGCUCAACGCCCGCAAGGGCUCCACUGUCUCAAAGCUGACCGACGAGCUCUACCAAAAAGCCACGGUUUGGAACCUCCUGGAUGCCAAGCUCUACCAGUACUUCAACACCACGUUCUGGCACAAAGUGGAAGCCUACGGGGUGGCCAGGAUGGCGAAGGACGUCGCCAGGCUCAACGAAGAGAACGAGAAGAUGAAGAGCAUCUGUAUCGACGGGGGCCAUCCCGUGGACGCCAACGCGAUCCAGGAAUCCGCCAUGCAGCCCUGGCAACCGUUGGGCGAGGAGUCCAUCCUGGGCUACAAUUUGAAAAAGAGGAUCCACAAAAAGCACCGGAAAAUUUGCCGCAAAAUGCUGACCCCCGAGAUCCAAUACCUGACGGACCUCGGGGUCAACCUGUGGAUCACCAAGCUAUGGAGGUGGGUGAUGGAUUUUUUUGCAGUGGUAAGAGGGUGAGGAGGCCCCUCGCCACGUGGUAAGCACCUCUUCUCUCCACUCGUUUGGUUCCUUGCCUUUCUACUCUCUUCUUCUUCUGGUUG